CUAUCUCUUUCAGUUCCGCUGAAUCCCCAAACUUCCCCAGCGCUCCGACCCCAAAUUCUCCUCUUAAAAAUCCCAAACUCUUCCUCUAAACGGCGCCGCUUGCCACCAAACGCCGGGCACCUCCAAGAGUCGAUCUCCGCCACCGCUACAGAAGAGGUCAGAGGUUUCCGGAUUCUCCAGGUACUUCAAAUUCUAAAUGGUUGGGAAGUCAAUUCCGGUUUAUUUAAGGUAGUUAGGGUUAUGCUAGAAGUUUCGAAAACAAUGCGUGUUAAUUAUAGUUAUGUGAAUUCGGGUUUUUAGAAUUAGGAUUAGGAACUUAGGGUGGGGCAUUAGGGUUUCGUAGAGUUGUGGGGGAGAUAAGAUUAGAGAGAUGAAAGGCCGAUCGCACCGGCUGCAGAGUUCGGACCCGCCGGACGACUGGGUGGAUGAGUCGUGGACGGUGGAUUGUUUGUGUGGUGUGACUUUCGACGAUGGGGAAGAGAUGGUGAAUUGCGACGAGUGUGGUGUUUGGGUACACACUCGGUGUUCUAGGUAUGUGAAGGGAGAUGAUAAUUUUGUUUGUGAUAAAUGUAAGAGCAGGAAUAGUAGGAAUGAUAGUGAGGAAACCGAGGUUGCACAGUUGUUGGUUGAGCUGCCUACCAAGCCUGUCAGGAUGGAGAGCUCGUUUCCACCGCCGCCGAGUAUGCCAACUCGGAGGCCGCUUAGGCUUUGGACUGAUAUACCGAUGGAGGAGAGGGUGCAUGUGCAGGGGAUUCCAGGGGGUGAUUCUGCUAUAUUCGGUGGGUUGUCAUCGGUUUUUACUCCAGAGCUGUGGAAGUCUACGGGAUAUGUGCCUAAGAAGUUCAAUUUUCAGUACAGGGAGUUCCCUUGUUGGGAUAAGGAGGAGGCUGAUAAUAAGUUUGAUGAAGACAGUGAGAAUGCCGUGGAUAAAGGGGCUGGUGUUUUGUUCUCUUUGUUGAAUGAGAGGGUCUUGGCAAACCCAGUGGCUGCUAUGGUUGGAAUGAGGAGCCGAGAAGGUGGGUAUGACAGGAGGGUGUCUUUGAAAGAGACAAAAAGGUGGGAUAAGGAGGUUCAUGAUCUUAAAAGUGCUCAGAGUGGUGUGAAGAAGGAGAGGAGUUUACUUCGGCCCAUGGUAUUACAUACAGGAAAGCGUAAGAAAGACGAUCUGGGGACAUCCAAAGAUCGGAAUGCCAAGAAGAGGGCUAGAGCUGCAGAGAGAGAGGCUGAUGCAAGGAAGAUGGGGGCUCAAUCUUCUAGAUCAGUGUUUACACCCUCAAGUGAUGCAAAACAAUUGGAAUCUUCUGAGGACAGAGGUCUGAAGAUUUCUACGGCUGAUGUUCAGAGUAUGAAGUGCAAGAAGUCAAGCAACUCUGUGGUUAGAGAACCUGUGACAGAUGUUUCUCUUGUGACAGACAAUACUGUUGAAAAGCACUCUUCAGAAGCCAUACUUUCUGGUGGGUCUAAAACAAUUGAUGAUGGACUGAAGGAAGACAAAGUAGAACACCAAAUUUCUGCAGUGCCCGGGCACAUGACUGUCACCAAAAUGGAUGAUGCUGCCGUUGCAUCAUUGUUAGAACUAAAUGAUGUUAGGACUGAUUGUCUACAAGAACUGGGAGAUAGCACUGAAGAUGAUAAUUUGAAUGUGAAACCACCCAUCGAAAAUGUUAGUACACCACCGGAGGUUGAAGAUCAGAAUGACUCUCCUACUGGUGACAGGCCCAUACAACGUUCUCCCAAUGGGAAAACUGAAGACCAUGAGGACAAUUCUCAAAGCUUGUUGAAUGCACAGUCUUCUCUACAUGGUGAUGCAAAAGACCUUGACAAAUCUUCAGAUCAAGUGUCUGAAAGUCCGAAACUUAAUGCUGCAGCAGUAAGCAUCGCUCGGCCCAGUGACCUUAAGGUCCAAAGUGCUGACAAAAAUUCUGAAGUUGUUAGUAAUUCUCAUACAGACAGGGGUGAUGACAGAUCUGGCGAUUGUCAGCCCAAACAGGAAUUGGAAGGUUUGGCAGAUUCAAAUACUUUGCAAAAAAAUUCAUCAGAUGUCAAACAUGGUUCAAAAAUUUCAGAAGAUCUUUCAAAACCAGGUGGGAUAAGUAACUCUGCAGCAGCGCCUGGUCAGCUUAAAACAGCUUUAAGUGCUGGGAAGUCUUUAACUGUUCCAUCCACCAGCUUGACCCCUAAAUCAUCCACUCCUCAGAACUUAAAAUCUGGAGAUGUACAGAAUUCUAAUCCAUUUACUAAGCAACGAUUAGUGGCUGAAAGUAAAGUUAGCAUUAAGAAAGAUCGUCCUGAAGCUGCAGAUGUGGUUCACGAUAAGGACAAUAUACCAAGGAAAUCAGGAAAAGAGCAGUUAAGAUCCCCUACAAGUUCUGCUCUGAAAACCUCACACUUUAGCAGAAAUUCACAUGAUACUGUAUCCAAGCGGACCACAUCACAAUCAAAAGAUUCAUUGCCUCACUCAUCUUCCAAGAUAUUGUCAGAAGGAGAGACUGCAGUUCCUUUAGGUUCUAGUGAGAAGAUACAUGCGCAGAACAAAAGUUCAGCUUCAAGUGCAUUGCAGAGAGGUGAAAAGUUGAACCAGACAACUUCUUCCAAGACUAGCCAGAGUCAUGGACCUCCUGCUUGUCCACCUGCACCAUCUAGUGCUCAGGCAAAACUAAGUGAUGAGGAACUUGCUUUACUUUUACAUCAAGAACUCAACAGUUCUCCAAGAGUACCUCGUGUACCACGUGCACGUCAGGCUUCUAGCUUACCUCAGCUGGCUUCUCCAACUGCAACAAGCAUGUUAAUGAAGCGUACAUCUUCUUCUAGCGGAAAGGAUCACAACUCGGGUUCUAGAAGAAAAGUGAGGGAUGCGUAUAAAGAUGGGGUUCGAAGUUCCCGUGAACUGGAUGAUGAAACUAAGAGGAUGGACAGAGUCCGAUCUUCUCCGGAUCGUAGAAGACAAGACGCAGCAAGUACAGUGGAUGCUGCUACUAAGAGGGAGGAAAAUACAUCUUCAACUACCUCACAUUCGUACAAGAAGUCCAUCCCUUCUACUUCCAUUCAGACUGCAAACAGUGGCCCAUCUUCAUCCGCUGAGGCUAAUGAACGCAAUGUGCCAUCUGUACGCAGUUCACCGAGGAAUGUGUCUGACGAUGAUUCGGGGGCAGUUGGUCCUGUUCAUCAUACUUUACCAGGCUUGAUAAAUGAGAUUAUGAGUAAAGGCAGACGAAUGACGUAUGAGGAGCUCUGCAAUGCUGUGAUGCCGCACUGGCGUAACCUUAGAAAGCACAAUGGAGAGCGUUAUGCGUAUACAAGUCCUUCGCAGGCUGUUCUUGAUUGCCUUCGGAAUCGACAUGAAUGGGCUCGAUUAGUUGAUCGUGGUCCGAAGACAAACCCUAGGAAAAAGCGAAAACCUGAUGCUGACGAUUCCGAGGAUAAUGAAUAUGGCAGGGUCAGCAAUCCCAAGGAGUCGGAAGGUAAAAGCAUCGAUACCCAGCGAGAGGACUUUCCAAAGGGCAAGAGAAAAGCUCGAAAACGCAGAAGACUGGCUCUUCAAGGUCGAGGAAUAAAGGAUGCCAGGGAGAAACGGAAGGGAGAUUUGCUCACUGACGAGGAUGUAGGGCCCUCAUUUUCUAAUUCCACAGAGGAAACUGUGUCAGAGGAUGAUAUUCAGGGAGGUGGAGCAGGUACAGUCGGAAGUGAGGCCUCUUCUAGUUCAGAGGAGGUGGGGACAAGUUGAUUGUCCAUCGUCUGGUCUAACGUUGAGGGUUCUGGAAGAGCAACGGCUCUCUCUCACGGCUUGGAAGGUCGAAUGAGUCGAGAGUCAUACUAGUGUGUACAUAUUAAUGUAUAUUUAUGGGUCAGAAAUCCUUGUUUGCGUAGGCAGAAAUUCAAUUUGAUGUAAAACAUUAGGCAGAGGCUGCACUUGAGCACUACAAAACUUUGUAGACUUCAUCUUAAUUUGCGAGGUAGAGUCUAACUUUUAGAUUUUGUUCC